AUGAUGGCAGAUUUUGGAAUGGACGUGGAGGUGUUCACCCAUACAGUGCCUCCAGGUGAAGAGGCCUUUGACCUCAGUCACGCAGGUGGGGAGCAUGAGGCAUUUGAAGACCUUGCUCAUCAACUGGCGGAUCUAACUGGAUAUCAUCACAUUGAUCCACGAAUUCGGGGAGAACGCAUCGACACUCAAACCGCUCAUUGGGGCCUUCAGAUAGAUCGUCUCGUUGACGCCUACUUAAACUAUCGCAGUCGAGAUUCCGGGGACGGUAUGCCUGAUAUUUCAGAUCAGGUCCUGUCAGGUGUCGAUGCUUCAUUCUCAAUUAAUGAGAUUGAACUCAUUGAUACAUUCACACGAAGGCGCUCGCAUCUACGACCAUUACCGUCUCAUCAAUACCCGAAUGAAACCCUCAUCUACUAU